GACUAGAUUUGUGCGGAGAAUUAAUGUGGACAGGGGAAGUUCCUAAACCUGUUACAACACGCUUUACACUUUAGUUGACAAAAUUAAAGAAAAGUUAAAGUAGGCAGUCUAGAGUAGACGUCGUUUUAUAUUACUCAAACAGUUAGCCUAUUCUUUUUUAGUGAAGUGUUAAACUCGUGAAUAAUGCCAGGGCGUUCAGAGAAGUGAUGUCUCUUUAAGAGCGGAACCCUUAGCUGAAACAAUUGUACAACCCCCAACAAGUCAUUGAAUCUGUCAAUCACUCGGUCGGAGCUCUUUGAUGUUGGUAGUCCUAGCCUUGUCUUCAGCUCAAAUGCACUAUUUGUUGCUGCCGGGGCUGCAUUACUUUCAACUUGCAAGGCUCCGACACAGCAUAACAACUUUUGUUUUGUGUCGCGUAUUCACGUGUCUCCUGAGAAGAGGAUACUAGCUAAGGAAAAAAGUUUUCACCCUCUCAUUGGUGAACGGAAACUGCAGCGUUUUAAUUUCUUUUCUAAGCAAAAUGCCGCAGCUCAACAGUGGUGGAGGAGAUGAUCUCGGAGCGAACGACGAAAUGAUUUCCUUCAAGGAUGAAGGCGAACAAGACGAAAAGAUUCAAGAGAACGCUUUCACGGAGAGGGACUUGGCUGACCUCAAGUCGUCUUUGGUAAAUGAAUCGGAGAUAAAUCAGAACUCAAACACAGCGGUGGUCAGGCGAGGACACCACGAUGAGCAGAGAGUUUACCAUGAAAAACACAGAGAACAUCUCGAAGAUGUGUCCAAGCAGGAUGGAGGAAUGUACAAAGCGCCAGCAUACUCAGGUUAUCCAUUCCUGAUGCUGACAGACCCAUACCUCCCGAGCGGAACUAUGUCACCAUCCUCCAACAAAGUGUCGGUGGUCCAGCAGUCUCAUGGGAUGCCCCCACUGCCGCUGCUGCAGUACCCCAGCGCUGACCACUUCAACCCCAACUCUCCACACCUGCCCACAGACAUGAGCCAGAAACCAGGCAUCCACAGGCACCAGUCCCAGGAUCUGUCCGGCUUCUACUCACUGCCCCCUGGGGGCGUGAGCCAGAUCUCCCCCUCCAUGAGCUGGCAGCCUCAGCCUGUGUACCCGCUCCCCUCCUGUGGGUUCAGGCAGCCCUACUCCUCCAGCCUCCCUAGCAGCUCCUCCUACCCCAGGUUCUCUCAUUCUCUGAUGCUGGGGCCCUCUGGUAUGCACCCCACCGGCAUCCCGCACCCUGCAAUAGUGCCCCCUUCAGGCAAGCAGGAACAUGACCAGUAUGACAGAAACAUGUAUGCCAAACCCCACCCGGAGCCCAAGAGGGAGAAGGAGCCCAAGAAGCCUGUGAUCAAAAAGCCUCUGAACGCUUUCAUGCUCUACAUGAAGGAGAUGAGGGCGAAGGUGAUCGCCGAGUGCACCCUGAAAGAGAGCGCCGCCAUCAACCAGAUCCUGGGGAGACGGUGGCACGCCCUGACCCGAGAGGAGCAGGCCAAGUACUAUGAGCUGGCCAGGAAGGAGCGGCAGCUCCACAUGCAGCUGUACCCCAGCUGGUCCGCCCGGGAUAACUACGGCAAGAAGAAACGGAGGAAACGGGAGAAGCAGCAGCAACAAGACCCCACCACAGAACCCGGCUCUCCUAAGAAAUGCAGAGCUCGCUUCGGCCUCAACCAACAAACGGAAUGGUGUGGUCCCUGCAGGAGGAAAAAGAAGUGCAUUCGCUACCUUCAGGGAGGACGGUGCGCCAGCACCCAUUCUUCCGAUGGGAGUGCUAUAGACUCGCCCUCCUCCCCCGUGUACCCCUUCCAGCAGCCACACUCCCCCGUCCCCGUCCCCCUCCCUCCACACACCCCCGCUCCUGCCUCUCCGCCCAGCAAACACCACCACCACCACCACCACCACUCCAAACUCCCUGGACUGUCAAUUCAAAAUGUCAGCAGGCAACACAAAUGUCCGCCCCCAUAGUGCUGUGCCACCCCCCCCUGUCCACACUAAGCACCCCUGCUUCGACAAUGCCCAAGCCACAGCUGCCCCACACACACCCACUCCGAGGGUAAAGAUCAAACUGCAGCCCAAUGCAAACCACUCGUACCUGGAAGCGGUGAGGGGAAAAACCAGCAUGGCCACAUCACAGAUGCGCCCUCAAGAGGACCCAGUUAUUCUCUGUGGUUUUUAAAGUGACCUCCAGUUAAGGCCAGUUUUCAAAUGACUUGCCAAAGCUUUGGCUUAUCUACCACUAUAUGGUGCUGUGAUAUUUUUUAUAAGGAGUUUUAUCAUACUUCUAUUUUCUUUAACACUCCCAAAUCAUGUUUGCUAAAAAAAGGAUUUAUCUUGCAAAUUGUAGUCCAGACCAGCUAUAUCUCUUCCAAAACUGGAGCGCUAAAGAGGUAUAAACUCCCGGGCUUAAGAGAUUUAAGCUAAGCUUUAAGAUGUGUUUGAGAUCUGUUAAAAAAUUGUUUCAACUUCAAAUUGUAAGGUUUUCUUUUCUAACAGUCAAACUGUUAACGCUUAACCAUUCUCAACUGUUCAGUCUUUCAAUGGAAGUCAGACUUCCAAUCCACACAAUGGUUAUGAUCACUGAACUCUUUCAAAAUGUCCGUAUACACUCCAGUAACUCAAUUAACAACAUCUGUACAGGUUUCCAGUUUUUACAUCCAAGGGUUUGAAUAUUUCCUUUUGUUACAUUAUCUAUGGCACUUCCUUACCAAGUAACUCAUUUUGGAUUGGCCAACCAAAGAUUCUAAAAUUGGUGUCCGUAGUCUAACUUGGUGUUGAUGAAAACGUUUUUUUUUUCCAGUCGAUUUCAAUAUUUCGUUUUUCCAACCCUCUUCAGAUAGCUUACCAUAGAAGUGACCCUUGGUCGAUUCACUGAAAAAGGACUCGUGCGAUUUACCUUCCAUUCCUAUUCCAUGUUCCUUAUUUGACCAUUUGUCAGAAAAUGUUCUUUCCUGGCCAGUCAAACUCUGACUUUUCAGGUGUAAAUCUAAGUUUUAUAAAAGUUGAAUCUCUUGAUAUAUAAGUAAAAAAAAAAAAAAAGCUUUUAUAUGUUUCUAUGUAAAAAGGACAUUUUCAAAUUGUUUUAAGUUCUUUUUUUUUUCCCUACAAGCAAUACAUUUAAUGUUGUUUUUGUUUUGUUUAUAAGUAGCGUUUCAAUGUUUGUGUUCUCAGCCUAUUUCUGAAACUGUCAUUUUCAGAAUGUUGUUUACCAACUGCCACUGUGUGCAUGUACUUGCCUUAGUUUACCAAAAAUAUAGCUGACAUAGCUUUAUUCCUAAGGUCAUGCUUGCACACUCACCCCAUGGUUACAGAAGGGUGCCAGACGGAACCAAGAGAUACAGUUGCAGAUUGACUGUAGUGUCUCUCCACUGGACCAUGCUCUGAUGCUAAACACCUGUAGACAGUCAUGUUUUUGUUUUGUUUUGUUUUGUCUUGCUUAAGUGUUCAUGAUUUUGUUGGAUGUAUUAAAGUAUUUUGAAAAUG